AGUUUUGAUGAUAGAGAUUUUGAUUUUGACCAAGUUUUCAAUUAUUAAGGUUAUGUAUAGUUAAAAAUUGGUUUAAUAAAAAACCAAUUUUUAACUACAUAACCUUAAUGAUUGUUAAUUAACAUUUUUGAAUUUCGCGCCAUUUCAGUUCAUCAAAUUGCCGCCCAGAUGGCAUGAAAAUUCGCUCACAAGCGAAAUGAAGGGAAUAAAAUGAAUCAAGUGGAUAUUUAGCGGAAUAAAGUGAACAAAAAAGGGAAUAAAGUGAAUAAAAAGCAGAAUAAAGUGAAUAAAUAAUUUAAAGCAGUGAAUAAAGUGUAAUAAUCUCUGAAACAAUGGAGUAAAUAUUGUAAAAUAUUUUUUCGUGUGCUAUUUGUGAAAUCGUGACUUGCAGUCAUCGUAAAUCUUCGGUGGUGUUAAAAUUGGAAAAUUUUUUGAAUAUUUAAAAUAUUUAGAUAUUAAAUACUUUAAUAUUGAAUAUUUUGCCAUUAAAUAAAAUAAAUUUGGAAAAACGAGAGAAUUUUGUUGAAAAUGUCCGUGGCAUCGCGUUGCCGUGCCGGGAUUGGUGAUUGUCUGUCGGAAGAACUUGCGGAAGAGGAUUUGCCACUUGUCAGGGGAACAUUUGAACCACUAAGCGAUUCUUGCGGUGAGAGUGACAUGGACGGUCUUGACCUUUCACUCUUUGAGCCCCAGGCUGAUUCGAACUUCUGGUGCGAUAGUCGCGUGCAUGCUGGCACUCUUUUCCUAUUUGUCGAUUAUUCCGAGGCAGAUUGUUGUGUUGGUGAUGCAUCAGCCGAAGCAUGCUGGGAACCCUGCUAUUGCGUUCUCCUGCAGGACGAACAAACUCUCACUGCCUACAGAAGCGAGGACAUGGCGCUAUUUGCCGGGACCGCUUGUUUAUUCAAGUCUCACACAAAGCUCGGUGAUGCCAUGUUCGUGGAGCUGCCUCGCAUUCGACUUGAUGGGGGUGCUCGAGCUUUUCGACAACACUGGGGUUACGAGACUCGACCAUUGGCACCACCACCGCCUUUGAUCGAAGAAGAUGAAGCCUCCAUCGAACCGGAAACCGUCAGUCUUCGAGAGGCCAACACCGCAUCUCCAAUAGCUCCAAUUUUACGAAGCAUUUCCACUUUGUCGAGAAAAGGAAAUCGGAAGAGACACACCUGUAACGUCCUCACUUCUUUAAACGAUAUUGGCCACAAUUGCCUUCAAGCGGAAAGUGAGUCGAAGUUUUUAUCUCUACCUCGAGGAUUUCCGGUGGAAUCUGUAACACUUAACAACGAUAAAGGUAAUUAGAAAAAAUUAAAGAAAAAAAAAUUAACUUUUCUGGAGUAAAAAAAUUUUCUAUUUCCGAGCGAGAGAUAUUUUUCCAAUUACCAACAUUUUUUUUAUUCACCAAUAAAAAAACCACUCAAAAAAGUUAUGCCAGAUGAACGUU